AUGACACAGUCCCAGCUUCAAGAACACUUUGACACCUUUUAUGAGGAUAUAUUCAUAGAGAUUUCGACAAAAUAUGGCGAAAUCGAGGCCAUGAAUAUUUGUGAAAAUUUGGGCGACCAUCUUUUGGGGAACGUCUAUAUUCGCUUUUCUUCCGAAGAAGAGGCCGGAAUUGCCGUGGAAGCUCUCAAUCAACGCUUUUACAGCGGCAGGCCUUUAUAUGCAGAGCUUUCACCUGUGACAGAAUUUAGAGAGGCAUGUUGCAGGCAAAAUGAAAAUGGCGAAUGCACUAAAGGUGGCUUUUGCAAUUUUAUGCAUCCCAAAGAGCCAACUCCAAAAUUAAAGAAGGAUCUAUUUGCUGCUCAAAGGGAGAUGUCCCAGCGAGGAUCGAACUCGCGGCCUACUGCUUACGAGGCAGUCGCAACUACCACUGUGCUAUGGGACCAAUUGCAAAUUUUGAUUAUUGUUUUUCUAAUUACAUAA